AAAUGUGUCGACACAUUCGCAAAGAUGUCAGCUAAACUAGUAGUUGAGAGAUAUGAGACAGAUGUUAAUUUUAAAUAUUUGAACGUUACGAUCGAUGCUGAAAAUGAAGAAACGAGAUUCAGCGACUGGUUGGAAGUGGAAGUCAUGACGCACAAUUCGAGAAAAGCAACAGAUAAAUCAUCUCAUUUGGUGGUGAAAAUAGUGUCAGGGCCAGAAAAUGAACAUUUAAAUCUUGAUUCCUGUGCGAAACAGGUCAAUGAGACGGAAAUUAAUAAUGUUGAUACUACAUCUGUUUUUGGGCCACAAUACUUGCGGAGUCAUGAAACAGACCAGAUUGAUAACCAGAACUUUUUAAACAAGCAGCAGAGUAUAAAACAAACGUUCAAAAACCCCAAUGCGUUACCAAAUAUUUAUGUUAAUAAACACUUAUAUGAUCACAAUAACACUGGUGCAAGUUUCGAAAGUGCUAUUUGUCCAUUAGAGUACAGUCUGGAAAGAGUAAAGGAAAACAACGCUCGCAUAAUGGAAAACAUUCAUAUGUUGAAUAGAGCUUUGAACUAUACGAAAAAGAAAGAAAGCCACGACGUGAGCUGCUCGAAACCCAUUCGGUCGUAUACGUGUAGCACGUGCGGGAAAUGUUUCGUGUACGAAACUGGCCUGAGGAGGCACUACUCUACGCGACAUGCGAUAUUAGACAUUCAGCCACGGUGGCAGGUGGUGUGGACAUGCAUAGAAUGCUUUCAGGUGUGGCCGCGCCAGGACGUGGCCAUGCAACACGCGACCCGCUGCUGCCAAGCGAACAAUCUGGAUUGUGUUCGGGAAAUCAAGACAUCGUCGCUCUUACAAUGCGAAUUCUGUGAGAAAGUUUUCACAAGCAUUCCCCGACUACUGCGGCACGCGAAAACGCACACGACCGCCAGCAACUACGCCUGCAAUGCUUGCGAAAUGGCUUUUUCCUGUUACAAAACUGCAGAAAUGCAUUGGCUGUCAUGUCCAUGGUUGCGAACUUGCUACAAUUUUCAUUUGGGCAAACUGUUGCUCUGCAAUGCCUGUGACCGCAAGUUUAGAAACUAUGAGCAGUUGUAUAACCACAGGUACAAAGCUGAACAUUUCAUGACCAAAACGCACCAAAACCACAUCAAUGCUCUUGGCAUAUUAGUGUAUCAAUGUGAGCUGUGUGGCCUAUGGUUUCCCUCAGUAGAUCUUCUUCUGAACCAUAGGAACCAGUACCAUCCUCGCUAUGACAACAACCUGGCCACAGGUGAUGUGAACUACACAGAAAAUCAUGCCUACAGUGUGACCAAUGAAAAUGAUAUUCAAGAAUUUGAAGCCCUUAAAGAUCAACAAUAUUAGUUGAAUGUUGAAGUAUAUGUAGUAAGAUUAAUU